GUUGCUGCUGAAACGUGGAAAGCCUCAGGUACCGGGAACGUUGUUGAUGUCACGGCUCAGUAGUAUGUCUUUAAAACUAACUUAUUUUGUUUUUGAAUCUUCGGAAAGACAAAUUUCUCCACAUGUUAGGAGUUUGAAGCUCUCGCCAUAGCAAGGUCCCUUCUUACACCCAUUUAAUCGGAUCCCACUCGAUAUUUCUCCGCACAGUUCGCUCUUUUCACCGUGUAUGGUUUUAGUUGCGUUCGUUGGGGGACUCCCAGGGCCGGGGCGAUCUUCCUUCUGAGACUCCAGACCCCUCUCUGAUUGGCACCGUCCCCUGGGGGAGCCCAGCACACCCGGGUGCGAUUAGGAAUGAAGCUUGACAGCGCUGAAGAGAAGUCGCGGGACGCUCCUUCCCCGCCCGCAGAGGGUUCUCCCCCGACCCUGGAACAAGCCUUCUCCAAGAUUCUACACGGUCUCAGCCGCCAAGAGUCAGGACAGAGCAAUACAAGAAAUGCAAUUCUUAAAGACCUCAGUGCUUUAAUAGAAGCCGCCGAAUGUGACGUAUUAUUUGAGGGGGGUGGGAGUGGAGAAGCACUCCGGGGGAUGCCCGAGAUCCUGGGACAGGUGGCGAAAGCCUUGGAGAAGUUCGCAGCCCCACCCAAGGAGAAGGCAGACGGAGGCGAUGGGCAUUCCGAGGUGCCUGAGAGGGCAAAAGAAGUUGGGUUAUUAUUUCUUAAGCUGUUGGGGAAGGUUGAAACUGCUAAGAGUUCUCCCGACUGCUCUGCAUGGAAGACAGGCCUCCGCCACUUGGCAGGACACAUGUAUGUUUUUGCCAUCACACACAGACGGAAGCAGCCAUGGACCAGUCCAGGAUCUCAGCGUGUUGCCGGUGAAGUGCUGUCUUUACUGCUUCGAGUUACAGAGUGCAGCUCUGUGGCAGGAUUCCUUUGCGGAGAAAAUGAAGAUGAUCGAGGGAGAUUUGCUAUGGUUUUGGGGCUUCUUAAGCCCCAUUUGAAUAAGGAAUCCUGGAAGAAUAAUCCUGCUAUCAAACAUAUUUUCUCAUGGACUCUCCAACAAGUCACUCAGCCCUGGCUGAACCAACAUCUAGAAAAGAUACUUCCUCCAUCUUUGCUCAUCUCAGAUGACUAUCAAACUGAGAAUAAAAUCCUGGGUGUACAGUGCCUCCAUCACAUUGUGAUUAAUGUGCCAGCUGCUGAUUUGGUGCAGUACAACAGAGCCCAGGUCUUAUACCACGCCCUUUUCAAUCACCUGUACAUGCCAGAGCACCACCUCAUUCAGGCUGUGCUCCUAUGCCUCCUAGAUUUAUUCCCUGUCCUAGAGAAAGCCCUGCACUGGAAGGGAGAUGCUGCUCGAGCCACUACACACUGUCACGAGGUACUCCAACUGAUCCUCACUCACAUGGAGCCAGAGCACCGGAUUCUCUUGCGUAGGACUUAUGCCAGCAACCUGCCAGCUUUUGUGAAGAAGUUGGGGAUCCUUACUGUCCGGCACUUGAAGAAGCUGGAACAAGUUAUCCUAGGUUAUCUGGAGGUUUAUGAUGGACCAGAAGAGGAAACUAGGUUGAAGAUACUGGAAACCCUGAAACUUGUCAUGCAGUAUACUUGGCCCAGAAUUUCCUGCAGAGUUGUGGUGUUAUUGAAAGCUCUGCUGAAACUGAUAUGUGAUGUUGCACGGGACACAAGCCUUACAACUGAGGCCACUAAGAGUGCCUUGCUCCAGGAAGCCACAGACUGUCUGAUUCUCCUGGACCACUGUUCUCAGGGGCGAGUUAAGGUUCUUCUGGCUAAGAUUGUCCUGUCCUGUGAAGAUAGCACAGUGGUGAGCUGCAUUAGGAAAGUGCAGCAGGGCUCUGCAGAUGCUCCCUGCCAUGUCACUUAAGAUGACUGGCCAGCAGGAAAGGCUGCUCUUCCUAUCCCAGAUCAUGAUGGAGAUAUAUACAUAAAAAUCUAUUUUUGUACUAAACAUUUUAAGUUGGAA